AGCAUGAGCUCUCUUCUCUUCCACAACCGGACUCUCCAAAUUCAUAUUGUGCGCACAUGUCGGGGUGAACGCACUCCCGUUCACACGUACGCUGAACUCUCAACGUCCUCAUUAGCCGCUGCAUACCUCAUCUCGGGUGCAAAGUGGCUGCAAACAACUGAGAAAGAAAGAAGCUGAGAAGGAGCAAAUGAAAGGCGCCGGUGUUGGUGACAUUUUUUUUUUUUUUUUGGUCAUGCAUAGCCACAUUAUGGCGCAAUGCAUGUCAAUUAUGCUCUCAGUUUUGUUUUUGUUUUUUUUUUGGGGGGGGUUCUUUUUUACAGGAAAGGUACAACUCCAGUGCAGACUAUUUUUACACAUCAAAUAUAAGACGAUCGUGCACGCGUGAAAAGCCACGCACUGCAGUCGGGUAAAGAUUCAUCCGUGCGGCUGCUCCCAGGAGUAUUACAUUUUCUCAUCAGAACGCACAACAUUUUCUUACAAAUGAAAGAUCUUCUUAUUUUUUUUUUUUAGCUUCAAUCACAGUCACGGCACAAUCAAAGUGGGCAAUUUCAGCUAAAGAAUCUGCAAGCACCAAAACAGAUACUGCAGAUUUCAACAUUAAACAGACCAUACAGACGAUCCCAUCACUGUUUGCAUAUUGCUGUAGUUGUUCAUGUGUUUGGGGCUACUGCACGUAUCUACAUGUCACGUGAUCUUGGAGGAUGUCGCAAUCCUCCAAGGAAACGGACAUGAUGCAAAGCUCACUAAUAGCACAAAAUCUUCCGCAGCAACCAUAAGAAAUUGUGAGAAGAAGAAGAAAAAUAGCUCAGCCAUCUUUGGUUUCCUUCUCACUGAGGAUGACCUUGAAUAAUGAAAGGUUGAUAAAAGAAUCCCUGAAAAAGCUCCAUGUUUGUUCUCCGAUUAGGGCCAUUGAUCACUCCCUUAUUUUGUGCUUGCAGUGGAAUCAUUUGAAGAAUGAUGAGCUCCAAAGAGGAGGAAACGAUCCGCUUCUUCCAGUACGUUGAGGAGAAUGGACUGAAAGCCUACAACGGUCUGCUGGCUCAGAACCUGGACCACGCCAGGAAUGAGAAGAACAGGAUAUACCUGCAGGAGAAAAACGACAAGAAGAGAAAACAGGAGGAAGCCAUAAGGAGGACAGGGGAGGACAUAGCAACAGAAGGCAAGCACUUACGUAUGGGCUCCAUCACCAUGCCAGACCCCCAGGAGCGCACGCCCAUGCCCCAUCCGCACGCUCUCGCGUGUGGGCAGAGUUUCUCUGUGCGCUCACAGUCCCUUCACUCCGUGGGUGGCAACAGCGGGGGCGGAGACGAAGAGGUGGGGAGUCCUACCUCCAGGAAGCAGCCCCCGCCCAAGCCCAGGAGGGACCCGGCCACCAAGCUGAGCAUGUCGUCUGAGGCGGUGGACCACAGUCCCGUGUCGGCCUGCCGCGGAGACAGAUGUGACGCUCAAGGAUGUACUGAGGACUGCCGGAGGGUGCCACCGCCCAAACCCAAGAGGAACCCAAACACACAACUGAGCGUUUCUUUUGACGAAUCAUACAUUAAAACCCACGGAGGCGGCGGAGUGUGUCCUCCCAAAGGGCUCCACCGCACCUGCUCCCCCUGCGAGCAUCACGCCUCGCCGCCGCAGAGUGACGAGAGCCCCACCGACGACUGUGAGGAUGAGCCUGUCUACAUCGAGAUGGGCGGGAUUGAUGUCGGUGCACGAGAACUCUCCAAAAGCGAGGAUGAGGAGCCAGGGGAGUCCGUGUAUGAGGAGAUGAAGUACCCCAUGCUGGAUGAUAUGGAGUACCGUACGGACCCGGUGGGAUGUCGCUCGGCAUGUCCUACUCCUGCACCGUAUGACCCCGAACCUCUCAGUCGAUGCUCGACCCCGAGAAACAUUCCUUUCUGUGACAUUCCAGCACCGUUUCCCAAUUUGCUGACCCACAGGCCUCCACUACUGGUGUUCCCCCCAGCACCGGCCCAAUGCUCGCCCAACUCAGAUGAGUCUCCUCUCACCCCACUUGAUGUCACCAAAUUGCCAAUGCUGGAGAACCAACCCUACACCAAAUCACCACCCUCCUCUGCCGAGGUGCCCUCCUCUGCGCACAUCCGUAGAGAGCUCACGGCCACCCCGACCCUCACCGUCUCUGGGCGCUCCUCCGCACCUCCCCUGCCGUGUACUCUCUACAAAUCUUCAACCUCAUCUUCCUAUCAGCGCAGUCACUCAGCUUGCCCAUCGCCAGUCAGCAUGGGCCGCUGCCUCACCCCAUUGAGCCUCAUGCGAACGCCGCCUUUUGACGCUCCAGUGCCAUUUCCAGGAGGUCUGCCGAGGAGCGCCUCGGCCACUCCUCACGGCAAGGGGUCUCCGCCCCAAGAUGGUGUGGGGCGACUCCAUGGCUCCAUGCAGAAUGUGUCGACUGGGCGUUCCCGGACGCCCACAAGCCCACUAGACGAACUGACUAACCUGUUUACCACUGGAAGGAACAUGCUGAAGAAAAACACCAGCGGGAGAAAAUCCAAAGAGCCCGGAGAGAGUGAGUCAUCUGAGUUGAAAAGUAAGUCCCACAGUGAGUCCAAGCGUGAAGGCAAGGAACGCCACAGUCACAGCAAGGACUCCAAGCGAGACUCCAAGGAGCGCCACAGCAAAGAGUCCUCUCAUCAAUCACUGUCGCACAGGCGCAACAGCAAAGAACGAAGCAGCAUGGAUGCACCAUCUGUUCGCAGGGAAAGCAGAGAACAAGGCUACAGCAGUGUGGAGCCCAUUCCAGUUAGAUGGGAUUCUAAAGACCGGUGUGGCAGUUCUGUGGAACCAAUCCCACUGAUAAGAAGAGACUCAAAAGAUAGAGGAAUUAGCAAUGGAGACCUAAUGCUGAGACGAGACAGCAAGGAUAGGGGUGGGGGACAUGGAAUGGAGUCUUUGCUUAAACAAGACAGCAAAGACAGUGCAAGGAAUGGUGUAGACUGUAGACACGAAAGCAGAGAGAGACUGCUGGAUCAGCCACCAGAGCUCUUACCUCGACAGGAUAGCAGGGAGCGAGUUAGGAACGAAGUGGAUUCAAAGCACGAAAUCAGAGACAAGCCACCCGAGCUCCUACCCCGACAGGAAAGCAAAGACAGAUUUAGAACUGGUUCAGAAUACAGGCACGAUAGCAAAGACUAUCGUCCUGAUUUAUUACCCAGACAAGACAGCAAAGAGAAGGCCAGGAACAGGAACAUUCACAAUGGAGGAGACCUACCGCCACCACUUCUACCCAGGCAGGACAGUAAAGAUCUGAGCCGAACUGGCCUCGAGGUAAGACGAGACAGCAAGGACCGAAGUCCGACUGGCUCAGAUCAUCACCAGUAUGACAGCAAAAUCACUAAGAGCCCUACUUCGAAGGACUACAGGUAUGACAGCAAAGAAAGGGGAUAUAGAGCUGACGGAACGCCACGGCGAGAGAACAGAGCAAAUUACAUCACGGACCCAUCGAAAGCACAAGAGAGGAACGGCAGCACAGUGUCGGGCCAGCAUUCAUCCACCACUACGCCUAUUCACAAGAGCAGAUCAACUGGUAGCCCUCCAAUGACUGUGGGCACCGGAAAUGAUAUGAAAGCGGCACCAAAAUAUGCCCGCUCACCUUCGAUGUCUGCUAAUCCUUCUCCAAUUGGGACGCCACAAAGGAGAGCGGCAGAGGCUCAACAGAGCCAGAUGCCAUGGAUAUGCGGAGACACCACCAUGCUGGAGCAGAUCGAAAGGAAGCGAACCCUCUGUAAAGAAAUCCGCUCGAGACAACAUCCUCACCUGCAGAGGUAUCAGGAGAGACCUCCUCCGGACAGAAGUGAGGACAAGCACCUUGAGCGCAGUCAGUGCAAGCAAGAGAGCGCCUCGGUCCUGCCGGCUUGCGGGAAGACCAGUGGGACCAAAAAGAUUCGUCCUCCUCCGUAUCCAACACAGACAACUGUAUUCUGGGACACUGCCAUUUGACUUGAUAAAAAAAAAAACACAACUCACAUCUGCCACAC